UGGGCUGAUAAUAUGCAAGUGUGUACAAUUCGGAGAAAGUCAUUUGGCUGUUUUGGUCACAGUAGAAAAACACUUGUAAGAAGCUCUAUAAAUUGUAUUAUUAUCAAUACAUCUCAGUGAAGUUUUUGGAACCUUGAUUUUUCUGGAUGUUUCUUAUGGAGGAGCUUUCUCUCUCUCUCCCCUUUAAUUAGCAGUUUGGCGAUGCUUCCUUUAGGGUUCUCUGAGUGCAAAGGAGAGAAGGGGCGGAGGCACUGCUGCAGGUUGAUGGCCCUGUUUGCUGGAGGGAGACCCUGGGGAAGGCCUUUCUGUGACUGUCCAGGUGACAUCUUCAGCUCCCAGCCAGCCCAGGACCCCUCCCUCCGCACCCUUUCCACGGUUUCUACCCGCCGGCCCCUUCCCUCUGCCAUCUUGCAGCACCUGAGAUUGCAAGAAAAGCUCCCCAAACAGGACUGAUUUGCCCUCUACUUUUGAGAGCCCGUGGUUAUUACACUCUUGUUUAUCGUGACUGUUUCUAUGCAGAAUCUUUCUCCUGGAGGACGAAAGAACCAUGUAAUGUUUCUGCAUCUCCAUUGUACCUUCGCUAUGAUGGGAGUUUAGAACUGGAUGGAUGUGUUGUUGAAUUGUUUAGUCAUUCAUUCAUUCAGCUCCAGAGAUGGACAAGCAAAUGGGGGAUGAAAAGCCUUCAACACCUUCUGCAUCGCCCCAGCCGCCUGCUGAGAAGAAUUCAUAUCUCUACUCCACGGAGAUCACCCUGUGGACGGUGGUGGCCGCCAUCCAGGCCUUGGAAAAGAAAGUGGAUUCCUGUCUGGCCCGCUUGUUGACUCUGGAGGGGCGGACGGGGACAGCUGAGAAGAAGCUGGCCGACUGCGAGAAGACGACCCUGGAGUUCGGGAACCAGCUGGAGGGCAAGUGGGCCGUGCUGGGGACGCUGCUACAGGAGUACGGGCUGCUGCAGAGGCGGCUAGAGAACAUGGAGAACCUGCUGAGGAACAGGAACUUCUGGGUCCUGCGGCUGCCCCCGGGCAGCAAGGGGGAGGUUCCCAAGGUGCCUGUGACCUUUGAUGACGUGGCCGUGUAUUUCUCCGAGCUGGAGUGGGGUAGGCUGGACGAGUGGCAGAAGGAGCUCUACAAGCACGUGAUGAGGGGCAACUACGAGAUGCUGGUCUCCCUGGAUUAUGCCAUCUCCAAACCGGACAUCCUCACCCGCAUGGAGAGGGGAGAAGAGCCUUGUCCUGAAGGCCUGUGGGGCCAGGAGGAAGGGAAGGAGAGCGAGGCAGCACGCCCAAGGAGGCUGGGCCCUGAGCACAUCGCCAGCCCAGCCAGCCCUGUCCGGAAGGAGCCACAAGAGAGGCAGCCCCCUGAGCACCAGCACCAGCCAGUCUCAGGAGCAAGAGCAGCCCCGCCCGGAGCAAGCACAGGGCCCCUGGCCAGCACCAGCGUUUUGUCCUCUGUUAAAGAGGAAGAGGAAGUUUCAGAGAGGGAGUCACCAGCCUCUCCCCUCAAGGACAUCCAGCCCAGCAUGGGGCCAGCUCAGCCUACAGGCCCUGUGACAGCAGACAGACUGGAUGGAGGCAGUGCCUCUUUGGUGGGGCCAGGCAAGCAGGACCGCUGUUCCCGGCUACGGGCACUGGAGGAGAAAGGAUUGAGCCGAGGCGGUGGUGGUGGUGUGGUCAUCAAGACAGAAGCGCAGUCUGAGGACGAGUCGUCGCAGGAGCAGCUCCUCCUGGGGGAGUCCCCCAGCCAGACCAAGAGCAGAACCCCCAAGGGGCCCAAGAGAAGGACUGGGGGUCCCCGCCGGCUUCAUGCCCAGGGAGUGGCAAGGGUACGAGCAGGGGACCCUCGGCCCGCAGGAGCGGUGGGGGAGCCGCCUCGCAUCCUCCCUCGCCGGCGAGAGCGGACCUUCCCCUGCCCUGACUGCGGACAGAGCUUCCGCCUGAAGAUUAACCUGACCAUCCACCAGCGGACCCACGUGGAGGAGGAGCACAGGGGCGCCCGGGGCAGCUCGCCCACCGGCUGGGGGGAGGCCCACUCCACGUUGGAGCCGGGGGAGGUGGUGGUGCCCGGCCCUGUCAUCCGCUGGCUCCCAGAGGAGCCGGAGGGCCACCGCUCCCUGGCAGGCCGUUCCUUCGUCGGGCGGAGGCCAGCGGCCACCAAGGUGUACCACUGCAGCGAGUGCCUGCGCUUCUUCCAGCAGCGGAAGAGCCUGCUGCUGCACCAGCGCCUGCACACAGGCAACAGCCAGGGCUGGCCCGCCUGUCCCUACUGCGGCAAGGCCUUCCGCCGGCCCUCGGACCUCUUCCGGCACCAGCGCAUCCACACUGGUGAGCGGCCCUACCAGUGCCCCCAGUGCGGCCGGACCUUCAACCGGAACCACCACCUGGCUAUCCACAUGCAGACUCACACCCGAGGCCAGGCGGGCCCGCACUUUCCUGCUUCUUCCGCCCGCCCGGGCAGCCCACCCGGACCCUGGCCGAGCCACACCGCGGAAGGCUGACAAGGCCAGGAGCCUGUGGGGGGCGCCCCGGCAGGACCUCUCCACCUGCGGGGCCUGACGCUCGUUCCUUAUUCUGGGAUGGCUUUGGAGAGGUGAUAUUUUUUUUUCCCCCCAUUCAAAUGGGAAGCAGCAACCUUUUUGGUGACAGAGUGUAUGAGUGUGAUGGAUGCCUCAAUUUCUUGUUUCCUCAGUUUGUCCCUCUGCUGCCUUUUCUACAUUCCUGACUUAUAAAGGAUCCCUUAAGGCUUAGGGAUGCCAAGUUUUUGGUGGGGGCCUUUGGCGGGUCCCAGGGACAGACAUGUGGCCCAGAGACUGUGGUUCUCCCAUUAGGUGUGAUAGAAACAGGGAGACCCUAGGGCUUUGGUUUUGUAAGAGAAGUUUGGUGCUUGCUGCAACAUGAGAAACAGCCUGACGAAUAGGCACUGGAAAUUUGAGUUUUCUACGUUAUUUUGAAACCACCGCCACCCCACCACCCUGGAGCUUUUGUAGUGCUUUUUUAAGUGUUGUGUGUGGUUGUAAGGGGACCAAGUGCUCCGGAGAGGCAGGAAUUAUUCCGCCACCUGCUUGUGUUUGGGGACAGCAGAGGGGCUGUCCAGACUUGCCUGCGUAUUGAUGAGGAUGCCUUGGCUGCUGCUCUGGAAACCAGGUGUGUGCCUUGGCCCAGUGAUUCCAGUCCUUCUCCCAGUGGGUAUUCACAUCCAUGAUUGACUUUGGUUAUCAGUGGAGAAGGGGAAAGUGAACUGAAGCCCAGAGUGGAUGACACUUCCGCCAAGGGCACGGUUCAUGGAUGUGCAUGCUCCACAGAGUGGACCUCAUACGUCACUGCAACAGGGGCCUCAGGAAGCGAGCCCAGGAAGCGCCUUUAGAGAGGAGGAUCCUGGACAGCCAGCCUGGACUUGGGCCUCUGGGCCUGAUUUGCCGUGUGAAGGGGCAGUCUCCAAGAACUUGGGGCUCUGACAGAGUUAGGCCAGGAGAUGUGGGUACAUCUUUUAACCACCUCCAGCCUCACUUUCUUCAUUUGUCAAAGGGGGUAAUGACCCCAGCGCUUCCUACCUCAUCUUAGUGUAGUCACGGUCACAAUAGAUUUAAGAGGCAGCAGGAUAGAUUAGAAGCCUGGUUCUGUCCUUCCUUUCAAGUUCAGGGCUCCUUUUCUCUUCCAUGUGGAUCUCCAGCUCUUUUCUCCCAGUUAGAAUCCCUCAGGAAGGACCUUUAUUUUCUGGAGUGAGCGUAAGAUCCUGGGGUGCAGAGUGAGGUAACGUUCCUAUUGGGCUCCAUCCCUCAGGAACCCUUUGUAUUUCAGUGAAAGAAAUGCUUACCAAAGCAAUGAGAUUCAAACUGUGAAAGUCCCGGAUAUAGUAUCAGACCUCAUGGGGGAAGUCUUGACAACACCUGGCUCUUUGUUCCUCUUAAAUUAAACCAUUGGGUGCUGCCUAUAGAUCGGCCCUCGAGUAGAGUGAUUUUGAAGCUGGAGUGAUGGGUCCUCAGUCAUUCUGAUUGUCUUAUUUGUCUGGCACUAUGUGUUUAGGCCUGCAUCCAGGUGCCUGAGCCCCUAGCUGUGCCACUUCCCGUUGCCUCCUCCGACCCACACACCUCUCCCCAAAUCAUGAAGAGUUGGGGACAGAUGGUAACAUUGCCAUCAUCUCUGGGGCACGAGUGAGUAUACACAUCAAUGACAGCCAAGCUCCCCUGGGCUUGAGAAGGAGCGGUACUACCCUUUCCUGCUGUGGAUUCUGCUUGUCUGCUCUGGCAGCCCCAACCCUUUCCAGGGGCCCUGCAAGUCAGGGCUGGGCUGUCAGCAAACGCUCAUACAGGAUGUGGUGCAAGUGUAGCUGCUCAGAGCUUAACCCUCAGUUGCAAGAGCUGGCCUCUGUUUCCUGGGGAUGCCUCAGGGCGAAGAGUUCCUAGACCUGUUUUGCUGAUGCUAAAUGCCCUGUGUCCAUACAGGUACUCCAACAGAAGCAAAACCAGGAGUAAUUGCAAGGCACUGGCAUCCCCCUUUUCUUCUUCCAAAGCAUUAGGUGUUCAAAGAAAGUUCUUUUCUCUUGAAAUGAGUCAAGGGAGGCUGCGUGGUCAUGAGCAGAGUGGGGCGGGGGGAACCAGGGAAGCUGGAGCCUGGUAUGGCCUUAGGCUCACUUCUAGCUCUGGGUCUUGGCUUUCUCAUUUUGUAAAACAAAGAACGGUGGGGUCUUGGUGAUAAAGGCCCUUAACUGUGAUGGUGACAGUUCCUUGUCCCCAUGGGGACUUAAUAAAUAUGUUGGACUCGA